UUAGAAAAUAUGGACCAAUAUAGUUUUAUGGUUUCCACACUCUUCUUCAUAUCUUCGUUGCAAUCUCUCUCAAAUACAUGCAUGGGCUUGGUUCAUUGCUCUUACGCUGGGAUGAAUCUGUUUCGGGGAAGAAGGGACAGACAAGGAAGGAGAAUAAUGUUGGGGAGAGAGCAAACAUGAGAGCUGAUGUUGCAGCAACUGUGGGACAAUGGCCAGUGGUGGAACGACGGUCCCAGUCUUUGACUAAUAACCAUAUGAGCGGUUUCACUUCUCGCUCUUCCUCUCAAGGAUCUGGGCUUAAGAGCCAAAGCUUCAUGGACAUGAUAAGGUCAGCAAAAGGAAGUUCACAGGAAGAUGAUCUAGAUGAUGAAGAGGAUUUUCUUAUGAUGAAAGAAAGCUCCUCGACUAGCCAGAGCCACAGAGUGGAUUUGAGGGUAAAAGCAGAUGUGAGAGGCUCUGGUAACGAUCAAAAGCUGAGCACACCUAGGUCUAAACAUUCUGUUACAGAGCAACAAAGAAGGAGUAAGAUCAAUGAUAGAUUUCAAAUGUUGAGACAACUAAUACCUAACAGUGACCAAAAGCGGGACAAGGCCUCAUUCUUACUAGAGGUUAUCGAGUAUAUUCAAUUCUUACAGGAGAAAGCAGACAAGUAUGAAACCUCUUACCAAGGAUGGAAUCACGAACCUGCAAAGCUAUUGAAUUGGAGAAACAAUCAACAGCUGGUACCUGAAGGAACCGUUGCUUUUGCUCCAAAACUGGAAGAAGAGAAGAACAACAUUCCGGUUCCAGUACUUGCAACAGCGCAAGGCGUUGCUAUCGAUCAUCCGACAGCUGCAACGACCUUUCCAUUGUCGAUUCAAAGCAACAAUUUUUUCUCUCCUGUGAUUGCGGGUAAUCCUGUACCUCAGUUCCACACAAGAGUCGCGUCAUCAGAAGCCGUAGAGCCAAUCCCGAGUUCUCGGAGUCAAACUCAGCCAUUGAAAGAAGAAGAAGAAGUAGAAGAUGAGGAAAUUCUUGAGGGUAACAUCAGUAUUUCAAGUGUUUACUCACAAGGAUUAGUGAAAACACUGAGAGAAGCAUUGGAGAAUUCAGGGGUGGACUUGACGAAAGCAAGCAUCUCCUCCAUUCACUGGAUCAAAAUUGCACCUGUAGAAACUGUAAGGCCGAUGAAUCAGAUGUGUGGUUCUUAGUUAUUUUAUGUUUUUUUUGAUAUUCUAACUUGUGUGGUGGAAGCACAUAUAUGACUACUUGUGGAUGAUGAUGUGAAUAUAUUCAAAGAGAUUUAGAAAGUCUUCGUUACCUUCCGUCCAUGCCGAUAAUCUCAAUUGUGUUCUGAGCGCCAAAUGCUGCAAAGUAUUGAGUGACUUCUGGUACAUGGAAUUGAGAGAAUGA